AUGAUGACAUCUCACGACAUAAUGAAGCACGCCGCGCUCAACGAUGGUGCCGCGCCGUGUCGAAAGCGAGCGAGAAGCUCGUCUUUCGCGGACCAUCACCAUCACCACGCCGCACUCGCCGCUAGCUCCAUAGUCGACCGCGCCAGUCUUUGUCGUUCCGAAGAGGCGGGAGCGACGAUGCCUUGCGAGUCCGCCGUUCUUGAAGCCGCAUCGCACGCUCACAUCGCCGCCCCCGACCGCCGUUACUCGAUCCCUGCGCUCGUACCGCCUCCAGCCUCUUUCCCAAGGUCGCGUUCACCGGCAGCUGGGGAGAACGAGUUUGCAGAGACGGGCUGCGCGCAGACGGAGAGUAGCGCCGGGUCGACAUGCGCCUGUGAAGGCAGCGGACGCGGCGGUGGCGACGCUGCGAGCGCCACCUUAUCCGCGGCGCACUCGCAGCAGCAGGCGCGGCGGCGGAGGUCAAUGGCGGACUUGAGCGACGACCUGCUGCUGCGGAUCAUCCUCUGCUCGCGCCCCACCGCGUGGGACCUUUGCCGCCUCGCAUGCGUGGCGCGCGCAUGGAAGGCACUGUGCUACUCCGCGCCCUUCUGGCAGCGCCUGCGCGUGGAACCGCACAGCAUCCGACCAGGCGUAGAGCAGCUGGCGGCGCGGUGCGCGGGGCUGCAGGAGCUGUACGUGGACGACCCGCUGUGCCACGUGCACCUGCUGCACCCCAUCAUCGCCGCCGCCGCUCACUCCCUCACGCGCCUCGUCAUCAACUGCGACCCGCCCGCACCCCCCGCCGUGCCUGCUGUGCUGCUGGGGGGAGCGGCGGGGGUGCAGCACACGGGUGUGGGGGAGGGGCGCGCGGCGGAGUGGGGGGGCAUGGAGGCGGAGAGUGCAGCGGGUGUGGAGGAGCUGAGAGAGGCGUCCGUGUGCAGCAUGCUGUGGGUGCUCAGUGUGCACUGCACCAACGUGCACACCAUUGAGCUCGUCGCCCCCACCUCCUGCCACUACUCCGCCCCUCCUCCUGCAUACCAGCCCCAUAUCCGCCCUGCCCCUGCCCACGCGCCCACAGCCGCCCAGCAGCUCAUUCCUCACCACGCGCGUGCACGCGUGCGUGAGCGGGGCGCCAUGGCGGGGGCGCCGUUGGCGUUCAUCGAGCUGCGCGCCCUCUGGUUCCUCACCGCCAGCUUCCGCCACGUGCGCUCCUUCGCGUGCCUGUGCCCCGCCGCCCUCUCGCGCCCCUCCAUCUUCCUGCUGGUCAUCGCGUGGCGCCACCACCUGGCGUCGCUGGCGCUGCACAUGGGGCGCCUGGCGCUGCUGGACCUGCUGCCCCUCGCCAAGUGCACUCGCCUGCACCACCUGCACCUCGUGGCCGCCUGCCUGCACGGGCUAGCCGCUGCUGUGCUGGGCCCAGGGGCAGCAGCCGGCGAGGGGGGGGUGAGGGGCACUGGGGAUGCCGGGGAGAGGGGGGUGAAGGGAGAGGGUGGAGCGGUGGUGAGGGUGGAGGGGUGGAGUGUGGGGGACAAAGACGGCGUUGAGGAGGAAGCAGGCGGGGCAGCAGCAGGGGCACGUGGGCAGUACCCGCGCGUGCUGCACCCCACGGUGCGGUCGCUGAUUCUGGAGUGUGGUGCACACGAACCCCGUGACAUUGCGGCACUGGCCAGCAUGCUGCCUGCACUGCAGCGCCUGGAGCUCAGGAACUCAUGCCACGGCUCCACUGCCGCGCCUGGUUCAGGCCUUGAACACCACUGCACACACUGCGGCGUGCCAUGGGGCGCGGGCAGCAGGGGUGGGCAGGUGGGCGCGCGGGCGUAUGAGGAGGAGAUGAUGGCGGUGCAGGCACAGCUGAGGGCCAGGGGCAUGGCCGUACUCAUGCACCUGUGA